ACAGUAAUCUGUGACUGAUUUGUAAUUUUUGGGAACAUUUUGGCCACUUUUUCAAAUCAAACAAAUUUUAAUUAUAACAAAUAAAUUAAUGGAUAAAUGCGAUUCUGUCCACAAAUUAGAUGUUUUUCUCAGUCAUUCCAAUCUUGAGGAUGGAGUCGUUGAAGUAAUUAAAUUUGUAAGAAAUGAAUGGUCAGAAAACAAGAUUAAGCUAAAGGUAUUUACUGAUGGCAUAACUAAUCGAUUAAUUGGUGCCUAUUUGGAGGACAAACCCAAUGAUAUGAUUUUAAUCCGAGUUUACGGUGAAAAAACUGAGCUCUUCAUCGAUAGAAAACAAGAGGUGCUAAACAUGAGAACAAUGUAUAAAUCGGGUCUUAUUCCUCCAGUUUAUUGUACUUUUAAUAAUGGUAUUUGUUAUGGAUAUUCACCGGGAGUUGUAUUGGACGAGAAUAUGGUUAGAGAUACACAUAUUUCUAAACUAAUCUCCGAAAUGAUGGCCAGAAUGCAUACAAUUAAGCCACAGAUGAAUCGUUUGUGUAAUCAGAUGAAUGAUUGCACUCCAGAACCGGUUCCAUCACUAUUCAAAGGACUCCGAAAAUUUUUGGACUUAAUUCCCUGUGCUUUAAAAGAUCCACAACAAGACAAACGUUAUAAAAAGUUUUUGCCAAACAAAGAGAAUCUCAUAUCAGAAGUGAAUUCACUUGAGUUGACAUUAAAGAAGUUGUUGUCUCCGGUGGUCUUUUGUCACAACGAUCUCUUGUUGAAGAAUAUUGUGUUUAACGCCGACAAGAACAAUGUUACGUUUAUAGACUUCGAGUACGGAGAUUAUAACUACCAGGCCUUUGAUAUAGCCAACCAUUUUUGUGAGUUUGCUGGUGUGGACACAUUCAAUCCUUGUCUUUAUCCAAAUAAAGAUUUUCAAAAACCAUGGCUUCGACACUAUUUAAAAGCCUGGUUUUCUCUCAAAGAUCGUUCAUUAUCGGCCAAUGCCAUAGAAAUGCCAUCCAUUGAUAUUGAAGUGGAGAAACUUUAUAAUCAAGUAAACCAGUUUGCAAUGGCUGCCCAUCUGGUUUGGGGUCUCUGGGCUAUAGUCCAGUCCGAGCACUCGACUAUUAACUUUGAUUUUCUCGGUUAUGGUAUACAACGGCUUCGGGAGUACUAUAAAAUUAAGGAUAAGUUUGUCCAAAACGGAGAAAUCUAUCACUGAUUAAAGUAAUUAUCACAACUUUCUAGUCGUUGGCUUUUAAAUACA